GCUCGACAUUCUGUCUGCGCAAAUCUCACUUUCACCUUCCGUUCUGACCGCGGCUCCUCUCCUGAUCUUGGUGCCUUAUGAUCAUGGCUCCUCCUCCUCUUCCUCCUCCUCCUCCUCCUCCUCCUCCUUCCGGUUUCCCCUGUGCGACUCCCCGUCGCUCUGCAUUGAACCCAUUUAAUCCUCCUCCUCCUCCUUCCGUAGCCAUUUUGGCUCCAGAGUUUUGCGCAGAUCUGUAUCCGGCACCGUAUACUUUGGGACCUAUUGACGAGGCCAUGGCCUCAUGGCACGCCGCGGUGGCCAGGGCCCUGCUUCUCUCGGCCUGGGCCGCCCCGGUGUCGGCGCUCGUGCUCGAGCCGCGGCCUGGGGCGAGCGGCGGGGCCGUCCUGCGGAGGGCCUCGGUGGAUGGCGCAGCGGCGUGUGAGCAAGGUGCCUCACCGACGGUGGAAGAUGUGCCCGUGAAGGCCGAGGCCCGGAGGCAGCAGCCGGUGCAGCGGCUGAUGGCGGAGCAUCAGGAGUCGCAGGCGGAGGUGCAGCAGCUGGAGGAGGCCCAGGUUGGGAUGAAGGCCUUUUACGCGGAGAUCGACGCCUACUGCGAGAACGCCGCGCCGCUUUGGAAGCAGCUGGUCGUUCCCUUCGCGGCCGUCCUGAUGGGGCUGCCGCUGAUGCGGUCGGAGGGGACCCUCAACACCAUCGGCAAGGUGUGCAUCUUCUUUGGCGCGCAGACGUUCAUGAACCUGUACAUGAAGGUCGUCCUUUCAGGCAGCAUCGUCUCCAGGGAGUUGCAUCUCAAGGGCUACCCAGCCGCCUUCGCCGUCACGGGUAUUCAGCAGAUAACGAGUUUCGUCAUUAUCAUGUUGGGGAUUGCGUUCCUGUGGUUUUCGCCGUGGCGCUACAAACCAGUGAUCGUGGACACGAAGUUCGGCUGGCUGACGGUGCUGGCCUUCUCAGUCACCUUCACUCUGAACAUCGCGCUCAAUAACUUCAGCAUGUCAUUGCUACCUCUGUCGGUCAACCUCAUCAUGCGAUCUUGCUCCCCGCUCUCGACCUUCUUCUGCGAAAUCGCAAUGGAUAAGGCGGCUGGCAAGAGUGUCAAAGACAUCAAUGUGAUCGAGGUCUCGAUGAUGCUCCUGGGCAUAUUGUGCGCUGGCCUGGCCGUGGUGAGCAAGACCCAGCUUUCCAAGGCCAGCGCUGACCCAGAGGCUGGGUCCAACGUCGUUUUGGGUGUGAUCGUUUGUCUGGUCUCCCUCGUCUCUGUCUCGCUGAACAUGGCGCUGGUGGGCCUCAUGGGCACCAGCCUGAAGAUGAAUCCAAUAGAUACGGCGCUGUACAUGGCGCCUCUGUCGGCACUGAUGCUGCUGGUACCCGUUUUCUUCAUGCCCCACCCGACCGAGUGGCCUGGCGCCAUGAUGACCGAUUGGCAGAUCACGAAGACGGUGGCUCAGCACGCGCCUGAGGUGCUUGGCCUUGCGCUCUUGUCUGGCGCCUUCGCGGUGUGCUACAACGUGCUGACGUACUUCUUCGUCCAGUCGCUCUCCGCGACGCACGCCGCCUUCGCCUCCAACUUCAACAAGGCCGCCACCAUCGGCAUCGCCGUCAUGGUUGGCCUCGAGAACCUCCCCUUCAGCGGCUGGGGCCUCGUGAUGGCCUGCAGCAUCGGCGGAAACAUCGCCGCCUUCACGGCCUACAGUCUCUUCAAGGCAGGAGCCUUCGACGGCGCCAACAGGGGCAAGAAGUGAGGGCGCUCCGCGAGGGGGGGGAGGGGGCCAGAGGGCUUGUUCUAUCAACGGCUCGUUGCGUGGUCGGCACCGGGAACAUGUCUCGG